CAGGAGGACUCAUGAGAGAGGGGGGUGACACGUUGAUCAUCUUUGGAGGCCGGGCCUCACAGCAUCGAGACGCGUGCGCAGAAAGCAGCGAGAGAGAAAAGGGAGAGAAAAGGUGUUCUGUUUGAGAGUGUGAGGAAGGGCAAGAGGAGUGUUCGUCCAAACGGAAGGAGAGAGCAGACCCCUCUUGAGAGAUCUACUGACAUCCCUUCCUCCAGCAUGGCGGAAAUCACAUCUGCCCAAUGGCGGGCCAUGCUGGACGCRGCAAGCGAGUUUGAGAAACCGUUCUUUCARAAACUUUAUGAUGAUGCGGUACUGAGGGAAGGGGAGGYWGAGGCAGCAGCUAAGGCCGCCAGCRUUGCUGCGCAAGAGGCCCUCCUGCAGGUUCCGGAAGCUAAUGCUGACCGGUUCGAGGAGAAGCUAGCUGCUGYCGUUGCAGCCCUGGUCCGUCUGCGGGAAUUGGAAGACUUUGAAUCUCGUGUGACAGCACUAGAGCAGCAGAACCGAGAGCUGCAGGCUGAGGUACUCAGCCUUAGACAGUCCCAACUGUCUGCCCCCCGCCCUCCUAACCCUCGACUUGCUGCAGUCCCGGUCCCUCAAACUAACACAGCCCUAGUGGCAAGUGCAAGUGGAACUGUGGCAAGCGUAGGAACCGGUGCCAGCUCUUCAAGCGGCAGCGCCGGCAGCUCUGCACUCGUCAUAGUCCCAGGUGCAGGCCCUUCAGCCCAGAAUGCCCCAGUUUGUACUGACAUUCCAUACAGCGGUCCCAUGGUGGACAAGAGGGCGGCCACUUUGCCGUCCAAGUACGAUGGGAAGGCGGAUAUUACAUCCUGGAUUAGUUCCAUGAGAUCAUACUUCGAGGUCAUGCGGACACCGCAGGAGGACCGAAGUAUGAUCAUGGGCACUAAUACUGAACCCGUCGUACGGAAUCAUAUUGAACUACAAGCUGUUGCAGCAGGCUACGAGAGGAUAGACCUGACUAGCUGGCUGAAGCUAGCUCUUGAGGCCCUAUCUGAUGCUGAUUCCAAGGCUGACACGGUCCGAGUGUUAUACACUGAGCCUUGGGAGGAGUCUAAGGAAGUAGACYUCCACGCCCACAUGGAACAUUGGCUGCAGCUCAAGCAGCAGHGCCGUGUCCAGGGAAGUGUGGAGUUGMCCUUYUUWAAMCUUCUCAUUAACCGCCGAUACAUCCGAGUGCUGAUCGACAGUGGUUCAACCACUAACUUCUUCUCUCCUAACGGGAUUCGUAAGGCGGRCCUGGGUAUGAAGCAAGUGGAACUGCAGAACCCUUGUCGGACUCAGGUAGGCAACCAAGAGGUUGUCACUUCCACUCAUGUCGUCAAAGGUGUGCGCAUCACCUUUGACAAAAACCGGACUGUCACGCAUGAGCUCAACUUCUAUGUCAUGGACAAGUGUCCGUUCGAUGUGGUCAUUGACUUGGGCUGGCUAAAGGCUCACUGCCUAAGGACCACAUGGGCAGACAAUCAGUUCGUGGUGCUUGAUGCCAAGGGGAACGAGCGUACCGUCUUGUUGGAUGAGACGCGCGAGUCCCCUGUGACUCUUCUCAGUGCUAACAAAUUCUGCAGAUCGGUGCGCAGGCGCAAGGAAGGUGAGUUUGUACAUAUAGCUCUUGUAAAGCCUUUCCAUGUGCCYUCUACUUUUGCUGCAUUUUCUUCUUCGGAAGGUAACUCUACUUCUACUCCUGUUCCAUCUACUUCUACUAUGAAUACUCAGCCUACUUCUGAUUCGGAAACCUCUAAACCUGUUGUAAUUGCUGUAAAUUCCCAGUCUGAUUUUCUCUCCCCUGAUGAGGAUGAUCCUCCACCGGAAAUCCCAGCAAGCAUUCGCCUCCUAUUAGAUCGAUUUCCGGAAGUGUUGGCUGAACCUCGCGGAGUUCCCGAGCAUCCAGUCAAGCACAAAAUCGAGAUAAUAGAAGGGAGUGUUCCUCCAAAGGGUUGUGUCUACCGUAUGGGGCAAGGUGAGUUGGAGGAGCUGCGGAGACAGAUUGAUGAUAUGAUUCACCGUGGUUGGAUUAGGCCUAGCGAGUCCGAGUUUGGUGCCCCUGUCUUGUUUGUGCCGAAGAAAGGAGGGAAACUCCGAAUGUGCAUUGAUUACCGUGGCUUGAACCGGAUCACUAGGAAGAAUGCGUACCCUUUGCCUCAUAUUGAUGAUCGGUUGGAUGCGGCCGGUGGUUGCAAGGUCUUCUCCAAGAUCGACCUCAAGUCUGGCUAUCACCAGAUUGAAGUUGAUCCGAGCGACCAGCACAAAACCGCGUUCAAGACACGCGAUGGGCYGUACGAGUUCAUCGUUAUGCCSUUCGGUCUCACGAACGCACCAGCCACAUUCCAGUCCCUCAUGGACAAGGUACUCCGCCACCAACUUAACAGGUUUGUGGUUGUGUAUCUCGAYGAUAUUYUGAUUUUCAGCAAGUCCAUGGAGGARCACGUCAAGCAUCUUGAGGAGGUMUUGCAAGUCCUCAAAGAUGCUCAACUGCACCUCAACUUGGAGAAAUCUGAGUUUGCCAGGGACAGCGUCAUCUAUCUGGGGCACCGGUUGUCUGCGAGCGGCCUUGAGCCGGAGGCAACCAAUGUUGAGGUCAUCCGCAACUGGCCUCAACCGGCAAAUGUACGCGAGCUGCGUUCUUUUCUUGGUUUGGCCUCUUAUUAUCGAAAGUUUGUGCCUAAAUUUUCUGUCAUUGCUCACCCACUUUCCCGCCUGACGAGUAAGAAUGUUGCUUAUGUGUGGUGUGAAAAGUGUGAGACUGCGUUCCAAGCCUUGAAAGAGGCUUUGGUGAGUCAUCCUGUGCUCCGCAUUGCGGAUCCCAACCUCACGUUCGUAGUCACUACGGACGCGAGCCAGUUUGGGACUGGUGCAGUGCUGCAACAAGAUGAUGGCGAUGGCCUGCGUCCGCUUGAGUACUACAGCAAACGCAUGCCCAGCCACAAGGUAGCCACUUCCACAUACAUGCGAGAGUUCUACGCCUUGCGCGAGGCGCUCACGCAUUGGAAGCACUACCUCUUGGGUCGCCACUUCAAGGUCUAUUCAGAUCACCAGACCUUGCAGUGGAUUAAGACACAAACUGAUCUUUCUCCUACGCUGACCCGCUGGUUGCAUGAUAUUGAUGUUUUCAACUUUGAUUGGAAGCAUAAGAAAGACUGCUAUAAUCGCGUUGCUGAUGCUCUAUCCCGCCAUCCCGAGUACUUGACUUGCCUGGUGGAUUCACACGACCUCCGCACGCAACUGAAGGAGGAUCUCGCCGAACGCACCACCAAGGACCCGGACCUGAGUCCUAUCCUUGAGCAGCUCAAGGCUGACCCUAACAGCCAGCCUGAUUUUCAUGAAUGCGAUGGUCUUGUAUUCCGCCGGCAUAAGCCUUAUGGCCUCCUGAGACCCCUCCCAAUCCCUGAUGGUCCCGGGGAAUCGGUCUCUAUCGAUUUCACGGACAUGGGAAAGGUGAGUGCGGCCGGGAAUUCACAAGUCAUGGUCAUUGUGGAUCGCUUCUCUAAAUUUUUGAAUCUGAUUCCCUUACCUCCUCAUGCCCCAACUGAACUGGUGAUCGAAGAAUUUCACCAGCAGUACAUCCUGCAGUAUGGGCCCCCGAAAACUCUUGUGAGUGAUCGGGACACUAGGUUCAUCAGCAAGGAUUGGAAGGACUUCACUGCCCAAGUCUAUGACAUCAUACUAAACAUGACGUCUGGUCGACACCCACAAGCCAAUGGAUUGGCUGAGGAAAUCAACCAGACCAUUACCCAACUGCUGCGCACGUUAAUUGUGCCAGACCAGAACACAUGGGAUAAGGAGUUGCAUAAGGUAAAAGGACUGUACAACAACUCCAUCCAUUCUGCAAUCGGUGUGACACCAAAUCAGUUGCAGUAUGGAUGGCCGAUGCGUAAUCCCGUCUCCUACCUGUUCCCGGAACGGUCACCUGGUCUGAUACCCGGCAUGCCUGGCUACAAUGCSAAGUAYGCACGCUUGCUCAAAGCUGUUACGACAGCCAUGAACAAGCGCCAGCAUGCCAUGAUCAAACAUGCCAACAAGCUGCGCAAAGAAGUGAAAUUUAAGGUCGGGGACUACGUUUGGGUUAAGAUGUCURAAUUUUCUGAUGAGGAGGGCGUGUCACGGAAGCUUCUUCCACUAUACUACGGCCCUUGGCAGAUUCUGAAAGUGAUUGGGGAUGAUUUUGGCCCUUCGUUUGUGAUUGACGUGCCGCCUCAUCUGCGCAUGUACCCAGUCUUCCAGGCCUCCAAACUGUUUCCGCAUAUUGAUGAUGAGACUUUUCCCUACCGUGACCCUAUGAUACCUCGCCCUAUCGAUGGCGGCCAUGAGAUCGACAAGAUCGUUUCUCACGAGGGUAGAGGAAGGAACAAACAAUACAAGGUCCACUUCCUCUAUCACCYGUUGAACGAAUUCUUCUGGAUCGACCGGAAAGAGCUGCUGAAGAGCGCCCCACGUGUAGUGAACGCAUAUGAACGACAGGUUGCUGAUGGACAGACCGCUAAGUUCGCUGCGAAACUCACCCCAUUCGGUCUCACUAACGCCCUCUUUCUGAUCUMUGCCUACGAUGCCUUUUGUGCCGACUCUGAAUGAGUUACUCGCUCGAAGGGACCUCGCUCUUGCGAGGGGGGUAGUGUAAUGACCCGCCAAAACACAGACUGAGAACACUGCUGAUUUCUGGGAUUUGCCACUGGAAUGAAUGCCUUGCCGUGAU